AUGACCUUGGGCACCGCGCGGACGCGAUCCCCCAAAGCGCGGCCAGGUGGACGCAGGGCGGGGAAGCGCACGCGCAGGGCGUGGGGGACGCACCGGGCAGGAGCCGCGGGGCGCAGGGGGCGGGGCUCGCGUGGCGGCGCGUGGCCAGGGCCCCGGGCGGGACUGCGCCUGCGCCGCGGCCGGUGGGGGCGGGACGGGGGCGGGACGGGGGGCGGGACGGGGGCGGGCAGCUCCCUCCUCCGGACGCCGGGCUGCCCCGCGUGCGCCGAACUCGGCGCCUCCGACGCUGCCUCGGGGCCGCGCGCAGAGCGGGUGUCCUCACACCUGUCCCCUACCUCGGGCCGCGCGUGCCCGGGCUCCAUCCGGAGGAUGAGGACAGACGAGCCAGGACACCUGUCGCAUGAACUAAGAGCCCCAGACAGUGGCCGGGUGUCACACCCCCUCGACUACCUCGGCCCGAGGCGACUGGGCUGUCACCUCACCUUCCUCGCGUGGCCUCGGGGCCCCUGGUGUUUGUGCAUUUGCGCGUCUUCGCUGCCCAGCGCAGGUGGUGGCCUGUCAGCUACCGCAGAGUUGCACAAGGUCAGCCCAGUCCCCAGGAGGGCCUUGGUGGGCCACAGGCAACAACCUUCAACCCAGCCAGCCACCCAGGUGAUGAGGCCAAGCAGACACGAGGGGCGGAGGCGACAUACUUACAUGCAGAGAGCGUGGUCUGUGUGGUCAGCUGGACCUGAGCUGAAGGCCCAGCUUUGUUAGAGCCUCAGCUGGGAAACUUGCAGCUGUGGCUUCAAAGGCCUCAUCAGCGAAACGGGCUGCACAUCACCUCCUUUACAGGGCUGUUGUGACCUGAUGAUUAAAUAUACAGAGGCUCCUAGGGUAGGCACUGCUGCUGAGCCGGUGCUCAAUACAUCUUAAUUAAAUCUACAUUGUUUAAAUCCAUCAUCACUAAAAGAAAAAAAGUAAAAACAUUAAACAGUUCACCAUCUCCAAGUGUGAGCAAGAAUGUGGAAAAGGAGCACAUGGGACUGGCAGGACUGUGCACUGUACAUGCACUUUGGAGAACAGCCUGGCCCUGAGUGAAAGGGGGUGUCCACAUGCCUGUGACCCAGAAGUUUCUGUGUUAAGUAUAUACUGAACUCAUGCACACAUGCCUAAGAAUGUGCAGAACAGCAGUAUUUAUAAUUGUCCUAAAUUGGAAACAGCCCAAUUGGCCAUUGACAUGAGAACAGAUAAGUGACUAUAUAUGGAUUUUAAGUAGAUGGACAACUCUUCUCACAAUGGACUGUACAGCGCAGAGCAACAUGGGUGACUCCCCCAACAUAAUACAAAGAGAGAAGCAGGACACAAAGAGCAGCUGAAAGAGCUCACGUAUGCGGUGGCAUCCCCUCCACGUGAAGAUCAGAGCCAGGCAAACCGAAGUGACAGUGUUCAGGGAUGGAACAGGUGGAAAGCUCUGAAGAGAGGAGAAAUGGUGGCCAGGGCCGGGAGGAGUCACUGCCCUCAGGGAAUGGGGAGCCGGGUGGGCAGGCACCCCAGGGGUUUGUAGGGUGCUCAUCAUGUCCUAUUUCUUGAUCUGGGUGUUAGUUAUGUGGGUUUUCUUUUAACAAUCAUUCAUUAA